UGCGGGGUGGUAAGGCGUAGGGGUCGAUUGGUCCGUCCGGAUUGGUCGGUAAGGGCGGAGGCCCCGCCCACAGAUGGUGACGACAAGCGGUCCCAGUACAUAAGGCGUUGUGGCCCCAGACCGCCCCGCCUUAGCUCCCGCGCUAGAGAGAAACAUGUAUCGAUUUCGCUCACAGCUCUUCACGGGGAUUUCUGCUGCCGCCAUCGCCCACUCUUCCCCUCGCCGUUUCUCGCCUUUGUUGUUAGCCGAAGAUUUAUCGCUUAGCCACCCGCCGCACAGACGCACGAGUAAAAAGUGCAGCUCCAUCGGCUGAUCCUCGCUGUGCUUCCACCUCCGGGCGGCACCGGGCGUCCCACGAUGCCGAAGAAUAAGAAGCGGAACACUCCCCACCGCGGCGGCGGCGCAGGAGCAGCAGCGACGGCGGCGGCAGCAGGUGGCCAACAUCGAAAUGUGCAGCCGUUUAGUGAUGAAGAUGCAUCAAUUGAGACCAUGAGCCAUUGCAGUGGUUUCAGUGAUCCUGCUAGCUUUGCUGAGGAUGGGCCAGAAGUCCUUGAUGAGGAAGGAACUCAGGAAGAUUUGGAAUACAAACUGAAGGGAUUAAUUGACCUAACAUUUGACAAGAGCGCAAAGACAAGGCAGGCUGCUCUUGAAGGCAUUAAAAAUGCGAUGGCUUCUAAAAUUCUUUAUGAAUUUAUUCUGGAAAGAAGAAUAACAUUAACAGACAGCAUUGAACGCUGCUUAAAAAAAGGAAAAAGCGACGAACAGCGUGCAGCUGCAGGACUGGCAUGUAUUCUUUGUGUACAGCUGGGGCCUGGAAUUGAAAGUGAAGAAGUUUUAAAGACUCUUGGACCUGUUCUAAAGAAAAUCAUUUGUGAUGGAACAGCUAGUAUCCAGGCGAGACAGGCUUGUGCAACUUGCUUUGGAGUUUGCUGUUUUAUUGCCACAGAUGACAUUACUGAGUUAUAUUCAACUAUGGAAUGUUUGGAAAAUAUCUUCACCAAGUCAUAUCACAAAGAGAAAGACACUAAUGGCAUCUGCAGCACCCCUAAUACAGUGCUUCAUAUCAGCUCUCUUUUAGUGUGGACAUUGUUAUUGACUAUCUGCCCAAUCAAUGAAGUGAAGAAAAAGAUUGAGAUGCAUUUACACAAACUUCCGAGCCUGCUCUCUUGUGAUGAUGUAAACAUGAGAAUUGCUGCUGGUGAAACUUUGGCUCUUCUUUUUGAACUUGCAAGAGAAACUGAUAAUGAUUUUUAUCUUGAAGACAUGGAAUCAUUGACUCAGAAGCUCAGAGCUUUGGCUACAGAUGGGAAUAAACACAGAGCCAAAGUUGAUAAAAGGAAGCAGCGGUCUGUCUUCAGAGAUGUUCUGAGAGCCGUGGAGGAGCGUGAUUUUCCAACAGAAACUGUUAAAUUUGGACCUGAACGUAUGUAUAUUGAUUGCUGGGUCAAAAAACAAACUUAUGAUACUUUUAAGGAGAUUCUGGGAACAGGGAUGCAGUACCAUCUACAGUCAAAUGAAUUUCUUCGGAAUGUAUUUGAGCUUGGACCACCAGUGAUGCUUGAUGCUGCAACUCUUAAAACAAUGAAAAUUUCGCGUUUUGAAAGGCAUUUAUAUAACUCUGCAGCAUUUAAAGCUCGAACAAAAGCUAGAAGUAAAUGCCGUGACAAGAGAGCAGAUGUUGGAGAAUUCUUCUAGAUUUCUGUUAUUUGAAGACAACUACUCAUUUCUUAAUUCGAGAUCUUUUCUAUAAUUUCCAGAGUAUUUAACAAUUUUUAUCAUGGCGGUGGGGGGACAGGGUGAACAUACAACUUAGAUGAAUUUUGUAAUGAGUCCUAAAUUCCUUAUAACAUUUAUUAAUACUGUAUAACAUUUAUUAAUGCAGUAUUGCAAAUGAGUGUAAUUAUUGAAGCCUCUUUGUAUAUAGAAUUAGUAAACUUUUAAUAAAGUUUUUAUAAUAUUUGAUCAGAA